UAGAUACACAGAGUUGGGUGUGGUCAUCGAAUCACCUCCCCCGUUCAUUCUUCAAUGCCAUGGCCACCGUCGACGACCACCACCUCCUCCACCUGGACUCCGUCCCCGUCGUCGACCUCCGCCUCCUCACCCAAUCCGAGCUCUACUCCCUCUCCCUCUCCUCCUCCUCCUCUUCCGCAUCUCAUCGCUUCGACGACGACGUUUUGAUCCCCAAAAUCGACCGCUCCGUCUUCAACGAAUCCGCCGGCAGCCGCAAACAGACCUACUCCCGCCUCCGCCUCGCCCCUCGCAACUCCCAAUUCGCCUCCUCCUCCAAUUCCAAAUCUGCCCUCCCUCCCUCCCACCUCCUCCUCUCCCAGCCGCUCGAUCUCGAGAGCCGCCAGAUUAUCUCGCUCCUCAAGCAGCUCUUCCCCUCCGACGAUCAAAACGACGACGUCCUCCUCCCCCAAACCACCACCCCCACCCCCACCCCCGUGCAGUACAAAAUCCCCGCCGCGCCGGCUCCUUCCCUCGGCGCCUCGGCCGGUGCGGUUUCCGGCGUCGAUUCCUCGCUCGGGAAACGGAAGCGCGGCCGGCCGCGGAAGGAUUCUAACGCCGUGGUUGCGAAACCGGAGGCGGCUGUGCCGGUCGGCUCUGCUGCGUUGGCUGGCGGUGCCCGUGAGGCUGAGGAUGGCAAUGCCGGUGUUUUGGUUGAGAAGCGUGACGGUGGAGCUACAGCGGUUGGGACUUUUGUGCUGAAUAGCGAAGGACAGCUUGUGCCGAGUAGCGAGGGGAAGAGGAAGCGAGGGCGGCCGCGGAAGGAUGAGAUUAGGGUUAGGGAUGAGAGGACAGUGGCGGCUUCGGUGAGGAAACCGCCGAGAGUGAAGAAGGAGGAGGAUGGAGAGAUGGUGAUGGUGAACUUGAACGACGUCGUUGUGGAUUUGGAAGCAUUGGCCAAUGCGGACAGUGUGUUUGGGGAGGAGUUGAGGAAGAGGACAGAGGGGUUGGAAACUGAGGCGAAGUUGUUGGGGUUUCUGGAAGGGUUGGAGGGGGACUGGUCAAGUGCUAGGAAGAAGAGGAAGAUUGUGCAGGCGAGUGAGCUCGGCGACUUGUUGCCGAAGUGGUGGAAGAUCAUGCUGUCUCUCAAGAGGAAUGGAGGUCAUAAAUGGCUUGUGUGUAGGCGGUUUAUAAGCCCUAAUGGGUUGGAGUUUAUGUCGUGCAAGGAAGUUUCUUCAUACUUGCACUCUUAUUUUGGACUUGGAAGCCAGUCGAAUUCUGUUCAUACCGAUGGGAAUAUUCAGGUUUCUAAUAAAAUGGUUUUGGGAGAUGGAAUGCAACAUGAUACUAAUUUUACCUAUAAAGAUAACAACAAUGGUCAUGAGCUUCUUCGCCGCUCCCCAAUGCCCAUUACCUCUUUGAACAGCUAUGUCAAGAGCAUUGAAGCAUCAGGAGAAGUAAUGGGUAUGCGAAAAAAAUUGGAUCCUGUAAAGAAUGGUCGUUUGGGGACAUCCUUGAAAAUUCAAGAACCAGUUGAGAUAGAUGGGGAACAAACUUCUGAUAUGAUGGCCAACUAUGAUUUGAGUUCUGAUUUCUCUCUGGGUAAGGUAAAUGAUAUCAUGGCAAAAUAUUUUGGCAUAUCCAAUGAUGAAUCGAAUUCAAUGUCCUGUGAGGAGCAAGCGAUGAUGGCUGACAAAACAAUUUGCUUUUCUGAUGGAUUAAAUGAUGGUGUCAGGGUUGCCAUCAGCUCAGUUGAUGUGCCCAAAGUAGAGAUAGACAGUGCUUCAAAUGACAUGGGAAAAGAACAUGGAGCUGACAAUAUUGAUAAUCACCAAUCAACUAGCACUGUAGAUGAUUUGAAAAUUGAUGAUGUGGAUAAUUGUAGGAAUGGCAGGUCAAUAUCUGGUAUUAGUGAGAGUCACAUUGGACCUGAGACUGCAUAUAAUGUUGACCAACAAAGUACUUCAGAAGCCUGCUCGCUUGUUCCUUCAAUUGUGAUGGAGUCUCUUCAUGAAAGAGGUUCCGACAGUGGUUUAUAUAGUACAGCCACUGAUGAGAAAACAUGUGUUGUCAGUAAUAACUUCAAUAAUGAUUCAUUCCCCACAUUUUAUGAGCCCAGAUUUGAUGAUAUUGGCCUAUCUGGGAGUAAUGAGAAGACAUUUUGUUUUGGCAGCAAUCAUGCUAUGCCAGAUGUAGAUUCCAUGGAGAUCAGUGAGCGAAUUCGAAGUACUGGAAGCUAUUCAAAUGUUCCACCUCUGGAUGGACAUAGUUGUAUUAUUAAUGCAAUGAAUCCCAGUUGCACAGUGGAAGAACUCUUGCAGGACAAGAGUUUGGCAAGCAACGCAUUUAAUUCAUUUGUUAAUAAGCAGACCCCUGGUAAUCUAAAUAAGGGUGCUAUUCAUACAGCAGAAGGGCAUAAAGUUGAGCAUGCCAAAAAUUAUGACAAUAGUGAGUUAAGUGUUAAUUUUGGUAGCAGGGCCACUGUAACUACUGCAGAUACUACCUCUUGCAUUGAUCAGGAAAGAAGCUCUAAAGGCUAUUCACUUGCUUCAUAUGCAAACGAGCAUGCAUCUGUUUCGGAAAAUAGUUUUGUCUGCAAUAGCAUUUUGGAAGAACUUAAGCCCGAUAGAGGUACUUCUGAAACUGAUUUGGUUUGCCCAUCGGAAUAUCAACAAGGAUAUAAUCUGGUAAAUCAUGCAAACAACACAUCCUCAAGGCCAAUUGAAGUAUUAAAAGAGGAGGUUAAAAGAUCUUGGAAUGACGAGGUGCUGCAUACUUUUGGCAGCAGUCGCAGUGGACAAGAAGCGAAUGCUAUGAGUAGCACUGUGACCUCAAUAAAUUCUCAAGGACCUUCCCUUGUUAUUUCGGAGGAUAACCAAUCAUUUGCUACUGGCUCUGGCAUAUUUAGUAGCUCAGUAUUGGACGAUAAGCUGAUAAGAGUCCCUGUUAAUGACUUAGCACGCCCAAGUGGUAGUGAGCAAACCCCUGAUUUUGUAAAUAAUCUGAACAGGAUUUAUAGCACCACAUCGUGGGAGCAGCCUAAAUCCGAGGUUGCAGAAAAUUCAAGGAUCAAUGAGGCCAUCAAUGGUUUUUUAAAUGAUUCCCAACCCACUGCCGAUUCCAUCUCCGAGCUUAGGUGGAGAAAUGGUGGGCAAAACGUCCAGCAGAGUGCAUUGGCUGACAAUUCUUCUGCACUUAUGCCAUCAUCUGUCAGUUAUCCGAACUUUGAUCUGCUGUCAGGCAAGGGUGCAAAUGGAGCUUUGAGCAUAAGUGAAAAGUUUGACAACACUUCAUGUUUGGAAGGAUUAAAGUCAAGUAGAUUAGAGCAGUUUGAGCAUGACUUUCUGACUGCUCAAGCAACCUCUCAGUCAAAGGAAUCAAAUGUGUUGUCAUAUGAUGAGACUCAUGAGAGUAUAGAGCAAGGUUUCAAUUCAUCUGGUUGGCCAGAGAAGGAAGCACUGCCUUCAGUGCCAAAUAUAGAAAGCAGGCGUGAGAUUAACAGCUGUGUCUGGUGCAGAAAUGAGUUUUAUCAUGAUGUUUAUGGAGCCGGAAUGCAAACUGGUUCAGUGGGUUUUAUGUGUGCAAACUGCCAGGGCAAGUUCUCAGGUCAUGUCAGUUUUCUGUAGUUGUCCAUUCACUCCAUGAUUCAUGAGGAUUUGCUUAUUAUAUACCCAUCAUCCUAGCAAUAUCUUUGAUAUGAGGCAUUGGUCGAACUCUUUGGAGGACUGCUUCACAUAUAGACCUAUGUAACUAGGGACGAGCUGGUUCUGGUAUGGCGCUCUAUGUCAUAUCUUGCCAGAAGUCACUUGCUGCAGCACAUUCUUUUUUCUUCUUCAUUUCCUUUGGGUCUAAUUGUUUGUUUGAUAAUUUACGCUGAUUUAGGCCUCUUUUUUUUUCUUUCUGUGGAGGACCUUUUUUAUAUUAUCCUCACAAGAAAGAAACUCAUUGUCCAGUUAGGUUUAUGGGCUAACUUGUGCAUAGCAACUUGCAUAACAUUUUCGUCUCUUAAUAUAGCCUUACAAAAUAAAUACUUACUGCCCAAACUUAUUGUAUGCUGAGUUGCUGACACUUGUUUUCAUUGUGAAAACUUGGUCUUGUUAGAAUAUGAUUAUUGUCUUGAAGGUUCUCGAGCUCUACUUCCCCAGAUAACAGUGAGAAAGAUGCUCUGGGUAUUAAAGAUGAUUUUCUCUUCCUACCUUGUACUGUGGCACAAGCCCAAUUUUAUGAGUAUUUGCUUCUUUUUUAGUCCUAUCUGAGGAGUGGGAUAUAGUUUAGAAGUAUUUGGAGAGGAUCUGUUGAAUAUAGAUAUUAAAAUUUUAAACCAACCAAA